GCCCCAGGCCCAACAGCACCAAGAAAGCCAUCCCAUUCCCAUCCCCAAGCAAAGAAAGGGCAAAAGCUGCGAGCGAUUCCAUUCGAUUCGAUUCGAUUCGCCUGCCCUGGCCGCCGCCGCCGCCGCCGCCUCCGUCUCUUCCGGCUCCGGCCGCCGGGUGCCCUAGAUGGCGCGGAGCAACUGGGAGGCAGACAAGAUGCUGGACGUGUACAUCUACGACUACCUGGUGAAGCGCAACCUCCACAACACGGCAAAGGCGUUCAUGAGCGAGGGCAAGGUCGCCACCGAUCCCGUAGCCAUCGAUGCUCCUGGAGGCUUCCUCUUCGAGUGGUGGUCCAUCUUCUGGGACAUCUUCGAUGCCAGAACGAGAGAUAACAAGCUACUAUCACCCGCGCCUCCGCCCCCGCAUCCGCCUCCGCCUCCUAUGGAUGUAAUCAAGUCCAGGGAACAGCAGAUGCGUCUCCAGCUCCUUCAGCAGCGUGCUGGUGCUAUGGAUGCUGAUGUUUCUGCUGUCCUCGCUUCUAAAAUGAUGCAAGACCGAUUGAGGAACCCCAAUCCUGCCGACUCUGAUGCUUCCGACCAACUCCUAGACGCAAGCAGGAUUGCUCUUCUCAAAUCAGCAGCUAACCAACAAACUGGACAACUCGUUCAGGGUACCUCAGUCAAUAUGUCAGCUCAACAGCAGAUCCACUCAAGAAACCAGCAACCUGAAAUGAAAGGUGAUGUCUCAAUGUCGCAAAGAUCAAUGCCUACAGACCCUUCCACGUUGUAUGGAUCAGGGUCAGGUAUGAUGCAACCAAAACCUGGAUUAGUUUCCACUGGACCAAAUCAAGGUGUUGGUAGUGUACCGCUGAAAGGCUGGCCUCUAACAGUCCCAGGUAUUGACCAACUCCGGUCAAAUUUAGGUGUGCAGAAACAGUUGAUGGCAUCUCCAAACCAAUUUCAACUUUUAUCGCCACAACAGCAAUUAAUUGCUCAAGCACAAUCACAGAAUGACCUUGCUAGAAUGGGUUCUCCAGCUCCAUCUGGUUCGCCAAAGGUUCGACCAGAUGAAUCGGAUUAUAUGAUGAAGUUGAAGAUGGCUCAGCAGUCCUCAAGUCACCGUCUUAUGGAACUGCAGCAGCAGCAGCAGCAGCAGUUGCAACAGAAUACUAGAAAACGGAAACCAACUUCUUCUGGCGCAGCUAAUAGUACAGGCACAGGAAAUACUGUUGGCCCUUCUCCACCCUCAACUCCUUCCACUCAUACUCCUGGCGGUGGGAUACCAGUGGCUAGCAAUGUGAACAUUGUACAAAAGAGUUCAUUAAUUUGUGGUGCAGAUGGAACCAGUGGACUUGCUUCAUCAUCAAAUCAAAUAGAUAAUCUGGAUAGUUUUGUCGAUUUUGAUGAAAAUGUUGAUUCAUUUUUGUCAAAUGAUGAUGGAGAUGGGCGAGACAUAUUUGCUGCAUUGAAGAAAGGGUCGUCAGAGCAGGAUUCCUUAAAGGGUCUCUCCUUGAAUGAGUUCGGUAAUAACCGUACAAGCAACAAUAAGGUUGUUUGCUGCCACUUCUCUACAGAUGGGAAAUUACUGGCUAGUGCUGGCCAUGAGAAAAAGGUCUUCCUUUGGAAUAUGGACAAUCUUAGCAUGGAUACUAAAAUAGAAGAACAUUCAAACUUCAUUACAGACAUAAGAUUCAGACCAAAUUCAAAUCAAGUAGCUACAUCAUCUUCUGACGGAAGUGUUCGACUAUGGAAUGCAAUUGAACGAACUGGUGCUGUACAGACUUUUCUUGGGCAUAGCUCCCAUGUAACAUCAGUCGAUUUUCACCCAAAAUCUAUGGAGGUUCUAUGCUCUUGUGACGACAAUGGAGAAAUUUUCUUCUGGAAAAUUGGUCAAAGUUCAUUUUCACAUAUCACUAGGAUGAAGCAGGGUGGUACUGGUAGAGUGAGGUUUCAGCCUCUAAUCGGACAGCACCUUGCUGUGGCAACUGGAAGCAUUGUGAAUAUUAUUGAUGUUGAAAAGGACACAAGUUUGCACUCACUGCCUAAGGUUCACACGAAUGAGGUAAACUGCAUCUGUUGGGAUGAAAGUGGUGAACUUCUGGCAUCUGUAAGUCAGGAUACUGUGAAGGUCUGGUCAGUAGCAUCAGGCACAUGCAUCCAUGAGUUACGAUCUCAUGGAAACCAAUACCAGUCUUGCAUAUUUCAUCCAAGAUAUCCGAACGUUCUGAUAGUUGGUGGUUAUCAGACAAUGGAGCUAUGGAGCUUGUCAGAUAACCACAGAAACACGGUGCAGGCACAUGAAGGCCUUAUCGCUGCUUUGGCACAUUCACAGUUCACUGGGAUGAUUGCUUCUGCGAGCCAUGACAGAUCUGUGAAACUGUGGAAAUGAAGGGUGGUUGGGGUUGGAGAUGAAUAGGACGCAGUAAAACGGCCGCCAGAAUCCUGACCUUCAUAGCCUCCCAUACCCAUAUGUACGUAUAGAGUUUCGGUUUUUCUUUUCCUACCUUCCCCUUUCGCUGCUUUGAUUUGUUGGCUUCGUUACAUACAGAAGGUAGCCCGUAACUUGUUAUACUUGCGACGACGACGACGACUUUGCUUUUAACUUUAGGAGGGGGUGCGGUGUACAUGGUUGGGGCAAAAAUUAAAUUGCAGGACGUGUUGACAAUGCUAAUCUAUGUGGAACGUGAUGUGUAAAUUAAUUAAUAGAAAAGGAAAAUGGAAUUUGAAGUGCAUUUGAUCUGAUGUGGAUGUGAUUGGUGAGACCAAAGGGCAUGAGAUGAGAAUGAGAUAGUAAGUACAAUUUAUUUCAGACUUUGUCUGGCUUGAGACCCCUGAGCAUGGAGACCGAGUGUGAUGCUGCUGCCUGUGAAUGUGAUGGAGGGCCGGGCUGAUUCUCCAGUGGCGCCGCCGUGUUCAUGGUGGAGAUGCCGACUUCGCCGAGGCAGGCGCUGUUGCAGGAGAGGUAGCAGAUGACGGCCCACCCGCGGCAGCCGGCGAUGCACUCGUCGCGGCAGUUGCCUCGCGCCGCCGUCGCCAGCAGGGCCCAGCAGCACAGCAUCACCACCACCGCCUGCUGCUGCCUCCUCACAUGCACCAUCUUUGGUAACUAACUAUGACGACGAUGAUUACUACAGUAGUAUCUUAUACUGCUGCUGCUGCUGAUGUAUAUGGGUUAUUAGUUAUAGAUAGAUACGCCUUUAAUCUCUCUCAACCUCCCUCUCUCCGAUCGAUUAACAAUAGGUACAGGCAAGAUAAUAGAGAAAGAGAGAGUGCACCCAGCAGGCUGCCAAUCAAUCAAUUCGUUUAUGU